GAGAGCCCGCAGCCCAGUUCGCGCUGGUUUGCAAAAAGGCAAUUCGGAAUCCACCCCUGCGCCUGGUGCAUCGCACCACAACAGGAGGCAGCCACGCACCGGGCAGCCCAUCUCCACCCCUGGUGCAUCGCGCCACAACCAGGGGCAGCACACCAUAAUAUAUAGAUGGCCCUCGACCGCCAGUGCAAGAUCGUCUUGAUCGGCGACGGCAGCGUGGGCAAGAGCUCGCUGAUCGCCCGCUUCCGCACCGAGGGCUUCGCGCCGCGCUACCACCAGACCGUCGGCGUCGACUUCUUCGAGAAGCGGCUGCGGCUGCGCGGCGCCCAGGGCGUGCGGCUGCAGAUCUGGGACAUCGGCGGCCAGUCCAUCAGCUCGCUCAUGCUGCCCAAGUAUUUAUAUAGGAGCCAGGUCGUGCUCGUCGUCUACGACCUCACGUCGUACACCAGCCUCGAGAACUGCGACGACUGGCUCGCCGCCGUCAAGCGCGCGUUCACGGACCGGCACACGGCGCAAGUCGGGAAGCUGCCGGACACGUACCUCGUGGGCAACAAGUGCGACUUGUUGAGUCUGCGCCAGGUGACGGACGAGCGCCAUACCGAAUUCUGGCGGGGCCGCGGGCUGAGCGGCGGCUACCUGACGUCGGCGCGGUCCGGCGAGAACGUGGCCCGCGCCGUCUUCCAGGCCUGCGCCCACGCGAUGGGCGUCGACCUCACGGCGCACGAGCUCGCGUUCCACGACAAGGUCCUCGGCGGCGUCGUCGUCGACGACGACGAGGGCCCGGGCCGGACGGCGGACGCGGACCGCAUCGAGGCCGAGGACCUCGCGCUCGAGGCCGCGAAGCACCGGAGGGGGUGCGCGUGCGCCGUGAGUUAGUAGAUGUGUAUAAACUUGAAGAAAACACC